AUGACGACGAUGAGCGCUCUCAAAACCCCUCGUUGUUGUUAUUGCGCGUGUUCCUUGAUGAAGAAGAAAAUGAAAAUGUUGCCCUUUUCAUCAUCGUCGCGGAGCAAGAAGAGCUGCACGAUUGGUAGGGGACUGAGUCAUCACCCCACGGGGAAAGAAGCAAAAUCAUCAACAUCAACAUCAUCAUCAUCAUCAUCAUCGAAAGAAGAGGGAAAGACAUUUUGGAUGGAAACUACAUCGAAAGAGUGCAUCUUAGCCGCGUUGGAGUCGGGAUGCGCGUCUGCGUUCAUCGUCAGCGAUGAAGCGAUGCUUGAUAAGUUUAUGAAAUUCACGACACAUCCGGAUGUGGGAGCUGAUGCUGCUCGAACAAGCGGUGAAAAUUUUGACGGAGGAAAAACAAAGACAUCGAUGCUGCGAUGGUUUCGACGAGAAGAAGAAAACACCAAUGCAAACGGGGGAGGAGGAUCGUUGGUGGAAUUUUCGAGCGGCGAAACAAUCGCGUCGAUCGUGACGAUUACAAAUCCAGAGGACGUGUCGCUGGCGGCGAAGCGAACCGGCGUCGUCGUGGUGGAUGUUUCGGAGAACGAUUGGUCGAUUAUUCCCGCGGAAAAUUUAGUCGCCGCGAGUGCGGAACGAGGAGGUGAAGUCGAGUUCAUCGCGUGCGUGAAGACGAGCGAGGAGGCGUUGGAACAGUUGGAAGCGUUGGAAACUGGAGUGAACGGGGUGGUUUUGAAAACGGACGACGUGAAGGAGGUGCGAUUAUUCAGCAAAGUGGUGGAUAAAAUAAAGAAAAGAGGACGAGAGAACGAGCGACUGGAAGUCGCGAAGGUGACGAACGUGAAGAAUUGCGGCACGGGUGAUCGAGCUUGCGUGGAUUGUUCGACAAAUUUUAAACCCGGCGAGGGUUUGCUCGUGGGAAAUUUCGCCAACGGUUUGUUUUUGGUACACUCGGAAUGCAUCAGCGGAGAAGGGUACGUCAAUUCGAGACCGUUUCGAGUAAACGCAGGGGCUGUGCAUUCGUACGUGCAGAUGCCCGACGGACGAACGGGGUACUUAUCGGAAUUGAAAGCCGGCGAGGUUGUUUUAAGGGUGAACGCGGAAGGCGAAACCGAAGAAGCGACGGUUGGACGCGUGAAAAUUGAAAGGAGAAGCAUGGUUCUCGUCGAAGCCGAAAAAGAUGGCGAAACGUAUUCGUGUUUACUUCAAAACGCUGAAACGGUUCGAUUGAUUUGUAACAAUAAAGGCGAGGCGAAAUCGGUCGCGGCUUUGAGAAAAGGCGACGAGGUAUUGAUUAAAAUCGGUAAGCAAGCGAGGCACACGGGAAUUGCCAUAGAUGAAGACACGUGGUGCGAGCGGUAG